CGCUCGAAUUUACCUUAACCGCUCCGAACGAACCCCUCGUUAACCGCAUUUUAACAGCAUCCUCUCUCUCUCUCUCUCUCUUCCUGUUCAACAAUGGCCGCUGCUGGUAGGUCACGCCCCGGAUCGGGCGGCAAGAUACUCCGGCCCCGGCGCGUCGCCCGGGUCGCCACCCCCUACGACCGCCCUCCCAAUCCCAACCCCCGCCCUGAAAACCCUAGCUGGAUCUCCAAGCUCCUCCUUUCCCCCACCCGGGUCAUCGCCUCCGGUGCCGGCAAGUUCCUUUCUUCCGUCUUCGGGUCCGAAUCUUCCUCGUCCUCGUCAUCCUCUUCCGGCUCCGACUCUGGUUCCGACAAUGAAAUUGAUGAAGAUGACAAUGGUAUUGAUAAAUGUUCAGCAGGGGGCGAUGAAUUGGACAAGGAGAAAGGAAAUUCAGAAACAGCUGGACCUAUAAGAAAAGAGUCCCAGCAAGCUGCAGUUAGAAAUGAAAACAAGCUUUUAAUUGAGCAGCUACUUUUGCGGGAGACUUUUUCUUGGGAAGAAUGCGAGAGGUUAACCAGUAUAAUUAGAUCUAGAGUUGGGGAAGCUCCCGGGCACUUAGAUAGAGAGGUUGCUAUACUAAGUGAUAUGUGCAACAGAGCAGCUAACAAAGAUGUGGACAUACCUGAUCUCUGCAAUACAGCUUUAUUGGAGGCAAAAAAAUGGUUGAAGGAGAAGAAAUCAGCAUUUAGUCCAGAGAUAGAGUUAGAUCCUAGUAUAUCCCCUCAUGUAAAUGAAGGUCAAACUGGUUCACCAGUGGAUGUGGCCAAAUCAUACAUGAAGGACCGUCCUCCAUGGACUUCUCCAUGUUUUAAUAGUGAAGCAGAGAAAUCUGUAUCGCCCAUCGGCAUACGGCUUUUUAAGGAUGAUGAACCAUUGUCCAUCGGUGGAAAUUCCUUAUCGUCUUCCAGGAUUCAGAUGAAAAGGGAUGCACCUAUCAUUGGAUCAUGGAAUAUUACAGAGGAAAUACGGAGAGUGCGCUCUCAAGCGACAGAGCAGAUGUUAAGAACGCCAUCAACAAAGAUGGAUUUGACUGGAUCUAAGCCAAGCUCUUCUGCAACAAAAUUUGAUUGGUCUCAAUCUGUCUUGGAGUAUAAAUAUAGUUUGAACUCCUCGGCGCCCAUUAACUUAGAAACUGACAUGGGAGAUAAACAACGGACCUCUACAAAUUUAAUUGAUGCAUCAUCCGACUUGCUGACAUUGGACACUACUAAUGGGCCCCCCAAGACAACAGAAAAUAGGUCGGACAAUGAGCUGAUAUCACUUAAUCCUCCAGUUUUGAUAUCGACUGACGAUCAAGGUCUGGGAGAUGGAUCAGGAGAUUCGAAAACCGUGGUGCCAAGUGACAAUUGUGGUGUCGAUGGGACUGCUCAUAAGGACACCAAUGGCAGCAGCCAGCAGCAUGGUGACAUUAUACCUGAUUCGAGGGUGAAUGAUGGGCCCUGCUCAAUGUCGAAAGAAGGGACUGGGAUUGGAGAUGCAUCUGCUCCUAAUGGUCUCCCACAUUCCACAUCUAGGUUGAAUGCAGAAGAACGAGAUAUCAGGGCAUAUGACGAGGAGCAAAAUCCUCCCACUUCAAGCCUUCCUACCUCCCAUUUGGGGGAAACCCAUGAGCCCCGGAAUGAACCCUCAGUUGAGGCCCCAAACAUGAAUGAGAAUGAUGAUAUUGCCACUGGGUCGCAAAACAGUUCGAGUAUGCAGUACGAGGAGAUGUCGCAGGAAAGCCAGCAAAGUAGGAAGCCAGCUGCUUCGCCGAAACGGGGAAGGAAAGUGACGAGGUUCGGAAGGAAGGUCAGAGGUCGGGGCAAAUGAAUAUGUUCAGUUUCCACAGCUCAGUUGUGUACUCGUUAGAGCUUUCUAAGUUAAAAGUGCAGGUGCAGGCUUAGACAUGGGGUGUUAGCUAAGCAUUAGAUAGUGAAAUGAAUGUCAUAAUUUCCAGGUAACUUAUCAUCGCAGUUUGUUUUGUUGAUGUUCCUUUUCCCUCUUGGGGGUCGUCUGAGUUUACUAGACUGCUGCCACGAGAUUAUUUGCUGUCGAGAGCUUAAUCCGAAGAAAAGGUAGGGCUGAUUUGUACAAGUAGAAGUUGGAACACUGUUUUGUUAGUCAUGGACAAGAUAGCCUAUGGUUAACGUGUGAAUUGUGAAAUGUGGCAAAGCUCCUGAUCCA